AUGUCUACAACCACCAAAUUAUCCUCAAAGAGCACCAAUAAGAAUAAAAGAAACAGCUGUAAAAAAUCAAAGGAAUCGACGACAACCAGUGGUAAUGAUGAAGAACCGAAGACAAGGACCAAAAAAGUGCAAGCGCAACAUAAGACACGAAAAACGACACUAGAAGCACAAGAAAAAGACGAUGAUGAUUUAGUCUUUGACUAUGAUUUCAAUAAAUUAAACCAACGACACAACAAAUCAAAGACAAGAGACAAAAAUCAAUCCGAAUUAGAUGCUCUCUUCGAAGAAGUUCAUCACGCAUCAAAAGAGUUAUCAAAAAACACUAUUGAUCAUAAACUUUUUAGUAGCAUCGUAGAAGAUGACGAAGGCGAUAUCGUCACCUUAGACAAUGGAAACAACAAUAAUGGUCAAAAACGUCAAGCAUUACAAGAUAAGACUAACUGGGCACAAAACAAGAUUCACAAGGUCUCUUCUUCGACAAUAUCGUCAAAUCAAUGUGAAUUUGAUUCGGCAAGUGAAAAAACUACGACAAAGGCUAUCACCAAACCAUCUAGUUCAACUGUUAAUUCCAAUAUUAAUAAGAAUAUUAAAUACAAGGAAAAAACGAAGAAGACGGAUUUCGAUUUGCCAUCAUACUUGGAUAUCGACAAUGACAAAAAUGGAAAAAACCCUAUUACUGCGGAAAAUGAUAGUACAAAUAAUAAAAAUACAAGAAACGACUCUGAUUCAUCCGAUGAUCCAUUAACUAACGUUAAUGAACCACCACAAGCAGUGCGUCGAGUAAAAAUUUGGAUGAGAGAAGUAGUCCCAUUACCGAUAACAAUUAGUGAUGAUGAAUUCCUAUCGUUAUAA